UCUACGUGGCUUAACCACUCAUCUCAAAUUUCUCUUGCGCUCUAGAUUCCCUCCGCUCCGCUUCUAUGAGAAGAUUCGGGACAGCCAUCCACGCCGCUUUCUCUUCAAUCGUCUUCUUCUUCUUCGACCUCAUCGACGCGGUUCUCUGUAUCGUUUACGAGUUCGUCGACGAGAUUUUGGAGGGAAAAUCCCGAGGCUGUUACUGCAAAACGUCUCCUCUUCAUACCACCGGUGAAAAUGAGUGUUCGGAGACUUUAUUCCGGAGGAAGAACAUUUUCCGGGAAAUGUGGUUUCUGGGAUACGCGAGAAAAUUCAAAUCCAAGCUCUCUCAGAAAAUGAGAAAAUCUAAGAUUCAUGAGUCGGUGGUGAAUAGAUGGUCAGAUUGUGGAUGUCAAUCUUGUAAUUCGUGGACUAAAAACGAAGAUGAGAAUCUUCACGUCGUGGUCAAAGAUUCAACUUCUCAAGAAACAGAGGACUCUGUUAAGGGAUCGUUCGAGAAUGUUAUAUUCAUACAUGGUUUUAUGGGUUCAUCGCAUUUCUGGACAGAAACAGUGUUUGAACACAUUAAGAAAGAUCGUUAUAGGCUCUUAGCUGUUGACCUUUUGGGAUUUGGAGAGAGUCCUAAGCCAAGGGAUAGUCUUUAUACAUUGAGAGAUCAUGUUGAGACGAUAGAUAGAUCUGUUAUUAAGCCUUACGAGUUAGAUUCGUUUCAUGUGGUUGCACAUUCCAUGGGUUGCUUAGUUGCUCUUGCUUUGGCUGCUAAACACUCCAACAUUGUUAAAUCCGUCACUCUUGUCGCACCGCCUUAUUUUCCUUCAUCAAAUGAAGAAUCGGUUUUGAACCGGAUCGCUCCAAAGCGGUUAUGGCCGCCACUAGCAUUUGGAACAGCGGUGAUGUCUUGGUAUGAACAUAUCGGUAGAUGCGUUUGUUUCAUAGUUUGCAAGCAUCACAUGAUAUGGGAGUGGCUAAUAAAGCUAUGUACGGGUAAAAGGGAGACUCCUUGGAAGAUAAAGGACAUAACAAGGCACACACAUCACUCGGCAUGGCAUAGUAUGCACAAUGUGAUAUGCGAUGGAUCUAAAUUUGCUGAUGAACAUCUCGGAACCAUCAUAAACUCUAGUGUUGAGAUUCACUUGAUACAAGGCGACCGCGAUGAAAUCGUUCCUUCACAUUGCUCCAGCAACAUGAAGAGGAACUUUCCAGCGGUGGAAGUUGAUAUCGUCGCUGGUGCUAAUCAUGAUAGUAUGAUAAGCGGAACAAGAGAAGAGUUUGCUGAGAAAUUGGCCAGCAUAUGGUGUUCACGUAGAACAGUGAUGGAUGCCAAAAUCGGAACACAAGCGAGGUGAUAAGGCCACGGAUCAAGCAAAGAUACGAUCGGAAUCUUUUUGAGUGAGACCCUUGUCGUUAAUGAUAUAACUUCUCUGAGAGACAAGAGUAUUAUAUUGUCUUGUAACCCGGGGAAAUUAGGUAUUGAAACUGCCAUAAGUUAAUGACACUAACAAACUCAAGGACACAUCCUCUUGCUGAUCCUUUUCAGUUUUUCACCAUUAACCCCUGUUCUUGGCCACCAAAA